CGCAGCGUUGAGUGUUGGAGCAGCCAGGCGGCCAGUGUGCAUCCCAGGACGCAACAUCAGUGUAGCCGGGGCUCAACGCUUAGCUGAUCGCUUCACGUCGGACGCUUUGGAAACUUACAACCAUGGGUUGCUUUGAGUGCUGCAUCAAAUGUUUAGGCGGGGUGCCGUACGCGUCGCUGGUCGCUACGAUCCUCUGCUUCUCCGGCGUGGCCCUGUUCUGUGGAUGUGGCCAUGUGGCUCUCACCGGCACCGUGGCCAUCCUGGAAACCCACUUCUCCAAGGUCACCAGUGAUCAUGCCAUGCUGAGUGAUAUAAUACAGCUGAUGCAGUAUGUCAUCUAUGGCAUUGCUUCAUUUUUCUUCCUGUAUGGAAUCAUUCUGCUGGCUGAGGGCUUCUACACAACAAGUGCAGUCAAGGAGCUGCACAGUGAGUUCAAGACCACCAUCUGUGGACGCUGCAUCAGUGGAAUGUUUGUGUUCCUCACAUACAUCCUGGGUAUUGCCUGGCUGGGUGUGUUUGGCUUCUCCGCUGUGCCAGUCUUCCUCUUCUACAACAUGUGGUCCACCUGUGCCACCAUAAAGUCUCCCAUGGCCAAUCUCACCGACAUCGACUCCAUCUGUGUGGAUGUUCGUCAGUACGGAAUUAUCCCAUGGAAUGCCACACCAGGAAAAGCCUGUGGAUCUACGCUAGGUGACAUCUGCAGCACCAGCGAGUUCUACUUGUCCUAUCACCUGUACAUUGUGGCGUGCGCCGGGGCAGGAGCCACUGUGAUCGCUCUGAUCCACUUCCUCAUGAUUCUCUCAGCAAACUGGGCCUACCUUAAGGAUGCCAGUCAAAUGCAUGCCUACCAAGACAUCAAAAUGAAGGAAGAGCGGGAGCUGCAGGACAUCACCUCUCGCUCAAAGGAAUGCCUCAAUUCCUACACAUAAGGAUAUUACACAUUCACAAACACACAUGUACAGACACAUAAACACACUGUGGCCGCUUUGGACCAAGACAAUGCACAGCUGUAAUAACUGCCGUGACACUGUGCAGUACUAACCCGGCUCCUAACACACUAAUGCAUCAGUGUUGCUUUCUGCACUAACUCACCAACAAAGUGGAUCAAAACUGCUACUUAUAAUUUCAUUUAUGCUGUUUUUAUUUUGUAUUUUCUGAAGGAACAAAGCAAUUUUGAAUUUAUGUAGUCUAAUUUUCUCUGGCCCUUUUUUAUAGCCAGUUUUUUGCUGGCCAAGCUUGAGACAUUGCACUAUUCUUAUACAACGCAUAAUGAUGACAUGUUUGUUUUACAGUCUUGCUCUGUCUUUCUGUUGAGCUGUGGGGUCAGUUUUUAACAAGGGAAUGUGACAUAUUUUCUUGCUUAUUCUUUUCAAUCACACAUGCAGAUUGUUAUACACAACAUAAAAGGCCUUACAUUCAGAGCUAGUGUGUGGCUUAGCUGGCAUGUUGGAAGAACCAUCACUUUACAAUGCACUGACAAAAGACUGGCAUGUCACAACAUGUUUUGCUUUGAUAUUACAGCAAAGAGAGAUACAAAUAUAUAAUGUGGAUGCAGUUCUUUAGUAAAAGUGGUUGUUAAACUUCAAAUAUUUAACCGCAUCGUAAUCAUAGUAAUAAUCUCAGUGAUAAUUGGUUCUAGAGUUUAUGGCAAAGCUACUCAAGGCCUCCAUUAACCCUACCUCAGGUGUGCACUAGAGCUUAAGAAACAAUUUAACAAACAUGUCUCCCUAGAAAAACCAUGGUUUCAAAAUAUAAUAAUAAUUGUAAUCACACCGGGAGUUCCUCCACAUCGCAGUAUUUUAGCAUUCAAACCUUAUGAAUAAUGCCAUAAGAAUAUCUUGCUUUCUAAAUGUGAACUGCUGCCAAUUAUUAGACAGGAUAUUCAACAUAAACAAGUUUAGUCCAUGUGUUUUCAUUUACACUAAUGAAAAAUAAAUCUCUGAUUCCUCAGAUGUUCCACUGUAAUAUUGGAUCAUAUAUUGCAAUUUACGAUCAAACUUUACUCGAGUUUGAAAACUCUUAUUAAACAAGUAACCAAGUCCCUUGUCGAUUGCUACUAUGAAAAAGCAUACAGAAGUUAGGGUGUGAAAAAUGUAAACUUGUUACAAGUCAGGAUCUUUAGUGUUUUUUUUGAAGAUACAACUACUUCAUUUUGUUCUUAAUUUGUUAUAUUGCACCAGUUUUUGAUGUGCAAUUGUCCUAAUGCUGAUAUAAUUACUCAUGUAAUCUCGUUUCUAUUAGUUGAUUUACAGGGAUAAGUUUCUUUGUUGCAUGAAGACAACUGUUUCUGCAGUGACACGUGAUGUACAGUCAUGUUUCAUUUGUAUUUGUAAUGCUUACAAAUUAAUCCUUUUUGUGUAGCUGAUUCGUUUUUUAGGUUAUUUUCUUAUAGUUAGAGGUAUAUAAGUAUUGUAUAAUUUUGUUGCCUGAUACCUGUAUUUUCUAUAAAUGUCAAGGGCUUCCUCGUGAAUUACAGAUGCUUAACUUUUAAUUCAACUUUCAGAUAUCAAUUGAUAGGACAGCUGUCAUUAAGACAUGUAUAGCAAUCUAAAUGGUAAAUCUAGCCAAAGUAUGAAAGCCAUUGUGACUCUCUGCCCGGUGUUUUACACAGUAUCUGUGAGCUAUUAGAGAAUAAAUCCUGCGUAGUUCUCUAUAGAACUAAAGGCCACAGGUGUACAGUGACUAAGGAGAAAGGUGACAGAAGUACAUGAAGCUUGUGUACACCUCAUAUGAUCUUUGCACCUGUUGAAUGAACCAAAAAACUAAAUGAAGGCUACCCAUCAAUCAGCAGGAAGACAACAAUUCAGCAUCCUGUCUGACUGGAAAGAAACCCUUUAAUGACAUCCCUCAAACGCCUGUUGACUGUUUUUAUGAAAAAUAAAAAAUUAAACAAACUUCA